AUUGAUAAGGCCAACGUGUAUUAGUGUUAGUGGUUUGAAGCAGUUUUCUUCCUCUUUAAUAUGAACUUCUUAAAAAAACGUAGUUAUUUUAAAAAUGCUGUUAAACGUAGUAUCAGUUCUUCUCCCUCAAAAGUAAGAAUCUAUGAAGUAGGACCAAGAGAUGGUCUUCAAAACGAAUCAAAAUUUGUACCAACAGAAAUUAAAAUUGAACUAAUUAAAAAACUUGCUAAUGCAGGUUUGAAAGACAUUGAAUCGGCCAGUUUUGUCAGUCCUAAAUGGGUUAAGCAAAUGAGUGAUGGCCAAGAGGUAAUGAAAAAUAUAGAUAGAGUUCCUGGUGUUAACUAUCCGGUUUUAGUACCAAAUCUAAAAGGGUAUCAAUUAGCUAAACAAUGUAAUGUUGAAGAAGUUGCAAUUUUUCCUGCUGGGUCAGAGGGAUUCUCACAGAAGAAUUUAAAUUGCUCUGUAGAGGAAGGUUUGCGAAGAUUCAAGGAAGUAGCUGACCAAGCUGUUAAGGAUGGAUUGAGAGUGCGAGGAUAUGUCUCCUGCGUAGUAGGAUGCCCAUAUGAUGGCCCGAUCAACCCAAAGGUUAUUGCUAAGAUAACGGAUGAAUUGUUUUCCAUGGGAUGCUACGAAGUGUCUUUAGGUGACACGAUAGGCGUUGGCACUGCGGGAUCGGUUAGGAAAUUGUUAAGGGAAGUAGUGAAGACAGCACCACCUGAGAAGCUAGCCCUCCAUUUCCAUGAUACAUACGGUCAGGGGCUAGCCAACCUGCUUGCUGGGCUAGAGUUCGGUAUCACAACUGUAGACUCUUCAAUAUCUGGCCUGGGCGGCUGCCCGUACGCAAGAGGUGCGAGUGGCAAUCUUGCCACAGAGGAUUUAGUUUACUUUUUAUACGGCCUCGGCGUCAACACUGACAUAGACUUAGUGAAACUUAUUGAAGCCGGCAGAUAUAUUUCCAAUUUCCUUGGCAAACCAACGGAAUCAAAAGUAAACAGAGCCAUCGGCGACAGGUUCAAAAACCACAAAGACGUUGUGCAAAUGGCUUCAUGUGCAAUAUAAAACAAUAGAUAAAGUGUCUGCUAACUUUACAUUGUGUACAAAUUCAUUUCAAAACAUAUAAAACCUGUUUAAGCGUUAAACAACCUAUCUAUUGUAAAUGCCUGUUUUGUUAUUAUUGAAUAAAUUAUUUUGUUCCG